CGUUUCCUCCCCUCUUCCGUGUCGUCCUUUCCCGUCCGCGUCGCCUUCGCAAACGGUAAUGGCGACGGCGGAGAAGAAGAGGCCCCGGAUCAGCAGCGGAGCGGGGAGGAGGCCAAGUAGAAAGGAGGUAUUGGAGAGGAAGAAGGCAUUCAAUGAACUUAUAAGGAAAGCUAUAGCUGUGAAGGACCAUCUAGAGCAAUUCCCUGCCUUUCAUAAAUUUCAAAUAAAGGGUCUUUCAGUCUACUUGGAGUCUGGACGUGGGGAUAAACUUACACUACCAAUGAGGAAGUACAUCCAAAAUCUUCUAAAGGUUAACAUGGAGGAACCCUAUGGAGCAGAAUGGUCUUCAGAAGAGAAAAUUAAGCGCCAGGAAAUGGUGGCCCCAGAAGCGCGAUAUAUCUUUAUCAAGCAAUAUUUAAAUGGGUUCACUACCGAAUGUUCCAUGAAUCAAGAUGCAGGGGUGGAACAUAACCACGCACCAUGUAAUGAAGGUUGCUUGGUUGGUUUUGUACACUAUAGGUUUGUUUUGGAAGAGGAGCUGCCUGUUGUUUAUGUGUAUGAGCUACAGAUGGAGCCUUCUGCCCAGGGUAAGGGCCUGGGAAAGUUUAUGAUGCAGUUAAUUGAACAGAUAGCUUGCAAGAACCAAAUGGGAGCUGUGAUGCUAACAGUUCAGAAAGCUAAUACUCAAGCUAUGGCUUUCUAUACUAAGUUGAGAUAUGUAAUAUCUAGUACCUCACCAUCACAAGUGGAUCCUCAGAUAGGACUUGAAAAAAGCUAUGAGAUAUUGUGCAAGACAUUUGACUCUGAAGCUAAGUCUAAAUUAGAGGAUGGCGACAAAGAACUCUGAAGUCAAAAUUCUCAGGAUGGGCAUGAUGAGUCCCCAUAGCAUGAUCUUAAACCACAAGUUUACAUGACAUAUUGUCAUGCAGCCCUGUUACUGCAAUUAAAAUUCACAGUGUGACACGCUUGGCUGAGUUCACAAUUUUCAUCCUAUCUGUCGGUAUCUUCUUCUUAUUAGUGAAUUGUGUCCCGCUGGAUGCUUAGCAGUUAACAACUCUGCUCAACUUGCUGUAAGCUUGUAAUAGUUACGAUGAAUAUAUACACUAAAAUUACAUUUGAGGUGUGAGUAUAUCAUUUUUCUUAUAAAAAAAUUCCAUU